GAGAGAGAGAGAGAGAGAGAGAGAGAGAGAAGGAAGGAAGGAGAGAGAGAUUUUGAGAGGGCUCCGUAUUAAACUUUCAGAAGAGGCAGAUCUGCUAAAGGCAAAUGCGAUGCUGGUUGUAACUCUGUAGGGCGCAUUUACGUACUUAAUGAUGGUCGGACUUUGCGUCUCCGGCUGCGCUUGAGCUUCUGCCGUAACCUGAGCAUAAUGACAGAGAAAGGCUGAAAACUGCCGUAGUUUUCUGCGUUUGGCUCGAUUUCGGCCCACGAUAGAGGAACGGCGGAAUGGUUUUCUCCGUUACAGCGGAACAUCCUGCCGCGCGCCCAGCCGUUCUUCAGAAGGCGGGGUUGUAGAGCUCGAGCAGAGCUCAGCGUUUUUUUUGGUAGGCAAUUUGCGCAUUCGGAGAAAUGCCAUCAGCCGGGGUUUUCACGUAGAUCUGCGCUUUUCCUUGUGGAACUCGUAAUGGAAGACGCGGGAGGUUUCGGGUACAGCGGGAGGACGUUCAUCGUCCCGAAGAUCACCUCGUUUGAUCAGUACGACUUCGGCAGGGCCAAAAUAGCGUGCAGCUUGACGUGGCUCGUGGCCAAAGCUUUUGGCUCAGAUUGUAUUCCAGUAGAACUGGAGGAACCAUUUUAUAAGGACCAGUAUGAGCAGGAGCACCUGAAGCCUCCAGUAGCAUCUCUGCUGCUGUCAGCUGAGCUUUACUGCAGGGCAGGCAGUCUGAUUCUGCGCAGCGAUGCUGCUCGACCACUCUUGGGUCACAACGGGGUCAUCCAGGCCCUCGCUCAGAAAGGCCUGUACGUCACUGACCAGGAAAGACUUGUUACUGAGAGAGACCUUUGCAAAACACCCAUCCAGAUGAGUUCCCACCUGGCGAUGAUUGACACUCUGAUGAUGGCAUAUACAGUGGAGAUGAUCAGUGUUGAGAGAGUGCUGAGCUGUGUACAGAAAUACUCGCCUUUUUUUCCAGAGGAAGACUUCCCUUACGACGCUGAAGAGGCUGUGACCACCUGGAUAAACAAGGUAAAUGAGUACUUGAGAGAGAUCAUGGCUCAGGAGCAAAGAGUAGGAAAAACACUUGAGGCCAAACCUGCAGUCCAAAAGGGGCACUUCAGGAAGGAAGACCCUAAAGCACAGCCUGCACUCUAUCUGCCACUAGUGGACAACCUGCUGAAGGACAACACUGAUGGCUGUGCUCUGGUAGCAUUGCUGCAUUUCUACUGCCCCAAUCCAGUGCCACUUGAAGAUAUCUGUGUGAAAGAGGCAAUGUCAUUGGCCGACAGUCUGUACAACCUGCAACUGAUCCAGCACUUCUGCAGGGAGAACCUGAAUAACUGCUGUCACUUCACACUGGAGGACAUGCUUUAUGCCUCCAGUUGUAUUAAGAGUAACUACCUUGUGUUUAUGGCAGAGCUGUUUUGGUGGUUUGAAGUGGUCAAACCCUCUUUCGUUCAGCCCCAGACACUUAAAUCUAAAGCUGAGGCAACUAAAAUGGCUCCCAUAACCAAACACAACCUGAUCCACAGGUCACCCAGCCCUGACCCAACAAAGUCAGUAAGCACCACCAACUCAGCCAUGAUAAAGAGGUCAAAUUCUUUGUCAUAUGUAGAUGGGUGUGUGGGGACAUGGCCCAAAGAGAAAAGGUCUUCAGCUCAUGGUAUCUCAUUUGAGAUUCCAUUUGAUGACCCUGUGGUUUAUACGUCAGGCCCAGGGUUAAGUCGGUCUGCUAGCUCAGAGGGCCUGGGGUUCAAAGGUCCCAGCUCAGCACGGGGCAUGCGGCGGAACCUCUCUUUCCAGCCUGUUAAUGGAAGUACACACACAACGUUACAAGAGGAAGAGGAUAAUGCUGCAACGUCACAGCAUAGAACUGUUAGACCUCUUGUUAGAACUGACUCUAGGUAUUUAAAUGGUGUGCAUCCAGACAUCACCAGUCCCCAGACUCCAACUCCUACUAUUGAAGAGGCUCUGAAGAUCAUCCAUGACUCAGAGUGCUCUCACAGUUGUCUGCGUCUCCCAUUUGGUGAAAAUGCAUUUUUCCUGCACCCCCCUGAUAACCAGGGCCAUGCUGCUGCUAACUCUGACCUUCGAGACCCCGAGGACAAUCUGUCUAAAGGUGCCCAGGCUGAUAAUGGCCAGCUAAAUUCUACAUCCACUGAAAUGGAUACAGGAAUUCACGUUCGUACAGAGGACAUCCAGGAUGGUCAGGAUGAAGACUCAUCUUUAAAGGAUUACUCUGAUAUGGACCAAGACUAUGAAGCACGUUCGUGCCCAUUACCUGAUACUGGUGACUGUUUCAGCCCUGUUCCAAGUCUACAGGGUCAGAGUUCAUUGGCUGCAAGCUCCACCUCCUCAAUUGGAUCCUCCUUUGCUGUGCGCAUGACAAGUUUUGCUGAGCAAAAGUUUCGCAAGCUUAACCAUGGGGAGGGAGAGAGUUGUGGAAAUACACCUGAAAGUGAUAUAAGCGCCACGGCUGCUAGGGCAAUAGCAAGGUCGGUUACACCUGAUGCCCGGGGUUCCAGUGAGGCCACCUCACCCCGUGACCCAUCUAGCCUGUUAGUGUCUGAAAUGGUGCAGUUGAAAAUGAAGCUUGAGGAAAAGCGGCGAGCCAUUGAAGCUCAAAAAAAGAAAGUGGAAGCUGUUUUCACACGCCACCGACAAAGAAUGGGUCGCACUGCCUUUCUCAACGUCGUUCGCCGCAAAGGAGCAAUCUCACCAUUAGGGGCUGAUGGAAGCAGUUGCAAAAAUCUGGAUGAGAAGCCAAACAUUCCAUCACAACUUUUGAAAACGAUCGAUAGCAACCCUCAGUUAGAGAGGUGCAAGCCUGACGGGGCACCACUUAAAUUUACCCCAGAGGAGGGAGGGAGUGGAGAGGUGGUAGACUUGACGGAGUACACGCGCUCGAUAGAACGCCUGAAUACAUCGCUGAGCCUCCUGCAGACCGAAAUGCAGCGCCUAGCACAGCAGCAGGAACACAUCAUGAGUUUAAGUGAACAGCAAACCUGGGUGAUCUCACCUCCUCAAACGCAAACACAGAAUUCAUUACAGAAACACUUGCGUGAGCUGCGCAGCAGUAGUGUUGUGGGUCGUGGGUCUGUGGGGUCUCUUUCCCCAAACCUUUCCUCUGCAGGGUCACCCCGUGCUGCACACCGCUCACCUGCUCUCAUAAAGAGAAAGUCUGCUUCAUUCCAUGCCAGAUCACCUCGUACUCCACGCCCAAAUGAGCUGAAAGUCACCCCGUUUUGUCGGAUGUUAAACACCCCACAAUCAGUAGACAGUCUACCCAGGCUGCGCCGCUUUUCUCCUCAACAAACACAAACUAGUUCGUUUGCAUACCUGGGACAUGAUGAGGGACCUACAAAUAAAAAUCACACAAAUAAAGAGAAAGUAAAUGCACCAGCAGUGGGGUCUGUAGACAAACAAACUGCCACUGAUGCAGAAAAAACGUCUGGUGAUGCUUUGUCCAGUCAAGUCACACAAAACCAAGAGGGGAACAUAGAGAAAGAAAAGAAAAAAGAUGAUAUCAUAGAGAAACCACCAGAAGAAACCGGACUUAAGUUAACAGCAGUGUGUCGGGUCCAGUCCCAGGCAGAGUAUAUGGAUGUGAUGAGUACAGUUAGCCCAGGGGAAACUCAGGCCCAGGAGGGUAGAAAGGACCUCAUUGAGGUGCCUCUCUCUGAACUGAAGCAACUAGAUGAUCCAGAACUGGAAGGUGGGAAAACGACUGAGGGCAGGGUGGAGAAGAUGUGUUGCGGGUUCUUCUACCGGGAUGAUCAGAAAGGUGAGGAAGACAUUGCACAGAAGAGAGCAGCUCUCUUGGAGAAGAGGUUAAGAAGAGAGAAAGAGAUGCAGAUGAAGAAACGGCUACAAGAGCAAGAGAUGGAGCAGAAAAAGGAAAUGUCAAGACUUAAAGAUGAGGAGGAUCGACAGAAAAAGGAGGAAGAAAAAGAUAGACGGGACUUCAUCAAAGAAGAGUAUUUGAGGAGGAGGCAACUCAAACUGAUGGAGGACAUGAACAGUGUAAUAAAGCCACGUACUUCAAGCACCAAACAGAAGAAACCCCGUCCUAAGUCCAUGCACAGAGACAUCAUGGAGUCUCCUAAACCCCCUACUCAGACAUACACAGGGUCACGACCUCGGGGAUAUUCUGUCUCCAGUCUAUCACUUGCCUCACUUAACUUGGCAGACAAUGACACUGUCCAAACAGACAAGAGGAUGUCUAGGCCAGAGACCACAGAGGGUCAGUCAUCACCCUGUCCAUCAGGAAAUCGGAAUGGGGAGAACUGGGAAAAUGAAUCAACAGCCUCGUCAGCAUCUAACACAGAAUACACAGGGCCAAAGCUUUACAAGGAGCCCAGUGCCAAGUCUAACAAACACAUAAUCCAGAAUGCAUUGGCUCACUGCUGCUUGGCAGGCAAAGUCAACGAGGGACAGAAGAGCAAAAUAUUAGAGGAAAUGGAGAAGACUGAGUCUAACAGCUUCCUUAUCCUGUUCCGAGAUGUGGGUUGCCAGUUUCGUGCACUUUACACAUACUGCCCAGAGACCGAGGAGAUCAGCAAGCUGGCAGGCAUCGGUCCAAAAGCCAUCAUGCCCAGGAUGAUUGAGAACCUGUACAAGUACAGCUCAGACAAAAAGCAGUUCUGCCACAUCCCAGCCAAGACCAUGUCAGCCAGCAUUGAUGCUAUUACAAUCUACAGUCACCUCUGGCAGACCAAGAAGCAAAGCACUCCCAAAAAACCGCUUAAGUGAGGCAGGUGGAACAAGAGGAAAUACGCACUACACAACUCACUGGAGUUCUGGUCAGGACUUUACAUGUUCACUGUUUAGCUUUUUCUUCUGAGAGUGUAAACAGGCAUAAUUUCAUUAAAAUAUUACCCAUAGCUUGAAUGUAAAUAUUGAAGACAUAAGGACUGGCUUAUCCUGCAGUCAGUAAUACUUUACAAUGAGCUAAGAGCAAACACAGCUUGUCUGCAUGUGGUGCGAGUGUGCAUAUGAGAGAGAGAGAGUGAGCGCGGAGUGCCAAAGCCGCAGGUUACACAGCCUUGCCUUUUUCUUGUUUUUACAUUUUCUCUUGCUAACACUAAAUUCAUCUGAGUGUGUGCAUUGGUGUAUUAUCAUAAAGAAACAUGGAGGAAUGUUACAUUGAUCAUUUAAAGACUGUAACAUAUUUAUGAAGUGUCAUUUUGUUUACUGGAACCUAAGCACCUGACUCUCUGAAUUUGAUGUCUGAAUUUAUUUAUAUUUUGGUAAUUAUCUUAAAGUUGGUGCAAAAUAGCUUCUAUCAGGUAUAAGAAGUGUGUUUGUAUAUAAUUGGCUUUAUUUUCUUCUGAAUGCAGAUAUUAUUUGGCUUGUAAACAUUGUGAGGCCUUUAGUGACUUUGAGAAAAUCAGCACGGAUCUACAAUUUUAAGCUGCUAAACCAUUACAUAUCAUUGACAUAAACUAUGCCAUGACUGUAACAAAAGUGUAACAUACUCAGUUCAUGUAAUAUGUUCUUAUAAAAACAUACUGCUAUCAUUUCUAGACACACAGCUGACAGCUUGAGUACUUUGCGUUAGUAAGUUACUAUUAAAAUUAAAAGAAUCACAGAGUAUAGUAUGAUCAUGCUUUGGUAACCAAUGCUGUCGUUAUUGGCAUACUGUUAAACAACAAAGUCUAAAUAACAUUAAUUAAGUAUAAAGUGCUUUCACAAGAGCUGUUGCGUUUUUACGAGCUUUGUAUCAAGCUUUGCUUUUUUUAUCUUCAGGUUCAAAAGAAAAAAAAGUUGUUUUUAUUUUUCUCUAGCAGAAGAAAUCAUCCACCAAAUUUAUUAGAGCUGUACAUAUUAUAGUUUUGCAUAUUAAUCCUAUUUUUUGAAGCCAUUGAAUAUUAAUGAUAUUUUUCAUAUUAACUAGAAAGUGCUUAAUCUUUGAAAGUUAUUCCCCAUACGUGUUGCCAAGAGCAAAGCUGCAGUGAAUAUAUGGGUGUCUCUCAAUGCAAAAUUGCCUAAAUGUGCAAUUCCCCGAAGAAUGUUUCUUGCCAAUUGCAAACAAACUUGCACUGACACCGAGAACAAAACCACUUUACUAUGAGCGGAAGGUGCUCAUUAUUUAAUGUUAGCAGCUUCCGUUGAACUUUUGCUUCCAGUUCCCGAACAAGAUUAAAGAUACUUUUAAAUUCUUACUCUUUUUCAUUUGCUCUAGUUGCCAGGAUCCAAAUUAAUUCAUUUGCAUCCUCAGUAUAUGGGGAGAAGCUGUACUUUUAACUGUUUAGUAGCUUUACCCUUCUCAUACCUACUGUAUAUUCUUAUUGUUAUAAUUCCUUGCAUUUGGCAGUAAAUAAAGUUAACCUUGGCAGUAAAUAGUCAAAUAAGGAUGUAAUUUGAGAAAGACCCUUAAAUUUCAUUCUACUGUUUUACCAUAUUUUUUAAAUAGAAUGUCAGCUCUGUGUCUGUACCUAUCAUGGAGUAUUAUUUUAAUAUACAAUUUAGUAUAGAUUCACUAAUUGCCUAUGUAACAGUUGAAUGUUCAGUUUUUCUUGUCCUUCAUUCCUCACUGUUGCUUGAGUUUAUAUUGUCCUGUGUCAGUGUCUGUUGUUUAUUAGAACAACUGUUAUCCUGUAUGGCUUUACAAAUACAGAUUUUCGUCCAAUUA